AUGGCUAAUAUCAUACACUCCCUAUUAUUACUCCUCACAUUCAUCCACACUCUAUGCCUCGCCCAUUCCCCCACUCUCCGCGAAAUCCACAGAUUCCCCAACGGAACCUGGGUCGAAAAUAUCGCAGUCAGACCCAACGGCAACAUCAUCGUCACUAUACUGAGCACAGCAGAGCUCUGGGAAAUUGACCCUUCCAUCCCAUCAGGUCCUGGCUCAGCCCGACUAGUCCACCACUUCGACGGUGCCGAAGACGCAGAUGGGAUCACGGAGCUUUCGUCAGAUAUCUAUGCAGUCAUCGCAUCCAACUCGGUCUGGACGAUCAAUCUUAGAAACCACGAGCCUUCUAAGCCAAUCCUGAUCGCGAAACUCCCCGCUGGCUAUUUGAACGGUAUCGUUGCUCUAGAUGAAGGAAACGCAGUCGCCAUCACCGACUCCCAACUCGGUCUUGUAUGGCGACUUGAUCUCCGCACAGGCAGCUACAGCGUGAUCCACCAAGACGAGUCAAUGGCCGCAAAUGAUGACAUGGGCUUAUUACUUGGAGUCAACGGGUUGAAGAUAGUAAACGACUAUAUGUACUACAGCAACAGCCCGAAACGGAUUUUCUGUCGUGUGAGAAUUGAUACACAUACCGGUCGUGCUUUGGGGCCUUAUGAGGUUAUCGGCAACGAUACACGAGCCGAUGACUUUGCUAUUGGCCCGCAUGAAGUUGGUUAUUUAGCGGGUAUUGUGGAUGAUGUGGUUAUUAGGGUCUUUCCUAAUGGGUAUCAUGAGGUUAUUGCGGGUUCGAAGGGCUCGACGGAUUUGAUGACUGCUACGUCGGCAGCUUUUGGGAGGACACAGAAAGAUCGCAACGUUCUUUAUAUUACUACUGGAGGGGAAACCAAGCUUCCUGUUCAUAGCACGAGCACCAGAGGAGGGAAGGUUAUGGCGCUUUCUGUGGAGUUUUAG